AGCGCUGGGAGCUCUGGAGCGCAGGUGCCGGCCCCAAACGGUGCAGAGGGACAGCCGGCCCUGCUGGCGCUGUCGCGGUGCCCCGGUGCCGCAGGGCGAGCAGGAGGGCAUCUCGGGCGGCUCCGGUGGAUGCGGGGUGCGGACGGCCGCGGCCCCGCUCCUGAAGGGGCUCUGCACUGAAGAUGGAUGACUUGGCUCUCCUUGACCUGUUGGAGUGUCCCGUGUGCUUUGAGAAGCUCGACGCCACAGCGAAGGUGCUGCCGUGCCAGCACACGUUCUGCAAGCCCUGUCUGCAGAGGAUCCUGAAAUCCCAGAAGGAGCUGCGGUGCCCCGAGUGCAGGACCCUCGUCCUGGGCAGCAUCGAGCAGCUGCCCUCCAACCUGCUCCUCAUUCGCCUCCUGGAUGGAGUCCGGUGUGGACAGAACGUCAGCAGGUUUGGCUCGGUCCAGAGGCCGGGGGUCCUGUCCUCCCCCGCCUCCCUCAGGAGAGUCCCCAGGGCGCUGCAGCUGCACCAGCACCGGCUGGCGACGAAUCCGCGGCUCCACAUGGAGGGGGUGCCACGGGCCAGGGCGCUGUACACCUACCGCGGGCACAGCCCCGGCGAGCUGCGCUUCAACAAGGGCGACACCAUCGCGCUGCUGCGGCAGCUGGACGAGAACUGGUACCUGGGCGAGCUCAACGGCGCCAGCGGCGUCUUCCCGGCCAGCUCCGUGCAGGUCAUCAAGCAGCUGCCCCUGCCCCGGCCGCUCUACAGCCUGGACCUGCGGAGCCGGGACAAGGCGGAGGGCAAGGACAUCCUGACCUUCCCCAAGCCCAGCGGCCCCGGGCAGCAGCUGCUGGCGGCCGCCAAGGGCCGCUGGUCCCCGCCGCCCAAGGGCGCGUCCCUGCGCGCCGCCAAGGCCAAGGCGGAGCCGGCGGCGCUGCCCAAGGUGCCCGAGCCCCGGCGGAAGAGCCUGCGGCAGUUCUCCAUCACCACGGCCCUCAACACCCUGAACCGCAUGGUGCACGCCCCCGCCGAGCGCCCCGCGCUGCACAUCAGCUCCCCCGUGCUCAUCAGCUCCAGCAACCCCAGCGUGCCCACCCAGGGCAGCGAGAGAGCCGAGCUCCCCUGCGGCACCCCGCUCCAGGUCAGCGCCUCGUACUGCCCCGCGGCAGGAGCCCUGGGGCCCCCGGCAGCCAUCGUCACCCUCCCGCAGCUGCAGCAGCACGGGCCAGCCUACCUGUGCGUGGCUCUCCACUCGUACGCGGCUCACGGACCAGACGAGCUGGAGCUGCAGAAGGGAGAAGGGGUCCGUGUCUUCGGCAAGGACCAGGACGGGUGGCUGCGGGGCAUGUCCCUCGUCACCGGCAGAGUCGGCCUCUUCCCCAGCAACUACGUCGCGCCCCUCUUCAGGAAAUCCAGUCUCUCCGAGUCGAAGAUGCCUUCGCUGUACACCUCGUGGACGCUGUCGACCUCCUCGCUGUCGUCGCAGGGGAGCGUGCCCGAGGGCGGCCCGCGGCAGAGCCGGGCGCUGCGGCCGCUGCUGCUGCCCGUGCCCGUGCCCUGCCCCGCCCGGGCCCCCGCCCCGCUGCGCCGCGGCCGCGGCAGCGCCAGGAGGAACGGAUCCCUGCAGAGGCCGGGGCAGGCAGGGACCCCCGUGCAGAUCACCGGCUCCCUCAGGCGUCCCGCGGCUGCGGGGCGGCCUCAGCACUUCCAGCUUUACCCGCACGUCAGCUCCGCCCCGCACAGCAUCCCCGCCGGGGCCACGGACGAGACUACGAGGCCAAACUCCUCCUACGAGGCUGCCCCGGCGCUGCUGCUCAGGGGAGGGGAGAGCCGAAGCCCCUCCGUGUGCAGCUCGGUGAUCCUGGACGCCAAAGAGCCCUCGGUGAAGAGCGAGGCAGCUCCGAAGCCGCCCGCGUCAGCCCCGCCGUCCAUCCUGGUGAAACCAGAAACCUCCCGCAACAGCGCCGAAAAGCAAGUGAAGACGGUGAGGUUCCAGAACCACAGCCCGCCGCCGCCCAAGCGGCACAGCCUGCAGCCCUCGCCGAGGCUGCCCCGCAGCCGGACCGAGCCCGGCCCCGAGGGGCUCCUGGGCCCCGAGCUGCUGCUGCUGUGCUCGCCGCGCCUGGGCUCCAGCCCGCUGCACCCGCGCCGGGCGCUGCACCCCAAGGCGCUGUCGCUGGACCUCUCGGGGCAGCUGACCUUCCCCAUCAAGAAGAGCUACAGCAGCAUCUCAGCAAACUGACCGGGUAACCCUGCCUUCCUCCCCGCUCCUGCUCCUCUCCCUCGGCCAGCGCCCAGCCCCGCAUCCUCCCCAGCUGCCCCCGGGCCGGGGCCGCCGCUCCCGCACCGCCGGCGCCUCGGGAGCUGCGGGCACCUCGGGGGGACCCGGUGCCCCAGGGCUGCCCGGCCCCGGGAGAGGCGCCCGGCCCCGCGGCCUCCACCAUCCGGCGCCGCCGGGCCGCUGCCCGCGCUGCAGCCCCGCAGCCGCCGCUGGGCAGGAAGCGAGCGGGGAUGGAAGGAGCUUCACUUGCCGGGAUCUCCUCGGGGCUGCCGGAAAGCCCACAGAGAUCAAACACCGGCUCGUUACCUGCCUGCCUCAGGACAAAGAAACCGUGAAUCAGAAUCAGCCAGCUCCUGGCUGAUGGCUCAUGCUGCCUUUGAGGGGAGGGGGUCACUCCGGUUUUUUGUUAGGGUGGUUGCUUGCUUGCUUUUCUCAUUGGUUUUAGCCCAGGAAUUUUAACACAGAAGCCUAAAAGGUGAUUUGGAAGGCAAAGAGCCGAUGGAAGGGGCUUUGCCAUCUCUGCAGUCACCCAGGCUCUGCAGUGAGGGCACUGAGUCUCCCUUCUCCUCGUUGCUUGCUUUCCUCUGGUCACCUGUCAGCUACCUCCUGCCCACGAGCUCCUUCCAGCCCCUUCCCACCACCCGCCCACUCAGAUGAGCUGUUGUAAAUACCUUGAGUGGGAUUCACGGGUUUUGGAUGCAUGAAGCACUGUCCGUGUCACAGAGAGCAGAGCUCAGAGCUCACCGUGCCCCAGGCCCCGCUCUGCCCCAGCAGCCCCAGCUCUGGCUUCCAGCUCGCCCCAGCCCAAGCAUUCUCCCGUCAAUCCCGGGGCAGCCAGCAGAGCUCUGGGGCUCACAGCUGUGCUUGCUCUCUGUCACUCUGCACAGCAGAUUUUGGUUUUCACGCUCAGUUUCCGUUUCUGGUUUUCCAUCGGCAGUUCCCAGCCCAGCUGCAGGCACGGCUGCCCUCUCCUGACAGGAGGAGCUGUGCUCCCUCCAAAACUGCCCUGAAAUCCCAUCCCAGGUACCUGCCCACAAACCCGGGGAAGGAACUCCACCGGUCAGCGGGGACUCCUCAGAGAAGAACAUUUUUUCCUAAAACUACACGAAGGGAAUGGAUGAAACAAUUCACUAUGCCACGGCCCCUGCACCUUCCCUCUUCCAGACCUCCUGUUUGCGGAGCAGGAAGGCUGGGUGUGCCUGCGGGGAUUUUCAGUGGCACAGCAACCUGCAAGGCACAGAUCCGUUCUCACCCUGUGCCCCGUGUCAGUAUUCCAGCUGCUGCAGAAACACCCCGACGAGCUGAAAGCAUGCUCUGAGCCCCGGUGCAAAAGGAGGCAGCAGCUGCUCAAGCGAGGGCGAGUCCAACCCAGCAAUGCCACCUGAGGCAGCUGAAUGCCUCGGGGACACGUGCUGGCUCCGAGCUGAGGAGUGUCAUCCCUCUAAACCGAACCAGAAAGCAGCUGGCUCCGAGCUGAGGAGUGUCAUCCCUCUAAACCGGACCAGAAAGCAGCUGGCUCCGAGCUGAGGAGUGUCAUCCCUCUAAACCGGACCAGAAAGCAGCUGGCUCUGUGCUGAGACACAUCCACACAUCCCAGCACGCCCAGAAAUGAACAGGGCUGCACUCGGCCCAGCAGCCCCUCUCUCCCUGAGAACUCAGAAUGCAAACACCGGCUCCAAAGGGUUUUAGUGACACCAGAGCAGCCUGGGUCUGUGUAAAACCACUCAUUUAUCAUUCUUAGGAGGUUUAUUCACUGCCCAACAGUCACUGCAGUUAGCUGGUGAAACGGCGAGUGUGAAGUGUAAUCACAGCUCAAGACUUUUCAGGUUUUAUGUUAUAAACUUGAGUGUCUGUGCAUUUAAAAAGCAACACUUCCAAAUAUCCAGCGUUUAGAACCCCAAACUGUCCAUGAAGCCCGUGGGAACUCCACAGGCUGAUCCCUUUGUGUGUGCUCCCAAGGGGAAGCACCGAGGGAUCCGCAGUGCCUGGGGAGCAGCACCCGAGUGACCCCCAGUGUCAGGCUGGGGAGGACCCUAGGGUGAUGAAGGGGGAAAAAGACCAAAGUUACAGCCAAAAUAGAUCCUACAGGCAGAAGGGGUCAACAAAAGUUCCCUAAUCCUUUACACGACCAAGCAGGGAGUUCCAUUGUCUGCUUUCUGCACCCAGCCCAGGGAAUGCUCCAAUGAACCGUUCCAGCCAGGUCACAAUCAGUGAGAAAUCAUAAAUUACUAUUUUUACAUAGAUAUCUUAGAAACAGUAGGAUGUAUAACAUUUGCUUAGUUGGUGAUGGGUAGGAGGAAUAAAUAAAAUAUAUUUAGUUUAUUGUUCAGAGACACUUGUACAAAUUCAGGGAUGCUGAAUAUUUUUUCCAUGAAGUGAAGUUCAUUUUUUAAAAAGGCUUUUUCAAUUUAAGGUACUAUUUGGGAGAAAUUCAAUAAACAAGAAGAUAUUAGUUUCCUGUUUUGUAUUAAUCCUCAAGCUAUUUAUUUUGUACUUCUGUAAAAAAAAAGCAAUGGUUUAAAGACAUUUUAAGCAUUCAGAAGUUUAUUCACCUAAGUUUAUAGCACUAAUGCUUAGCUCUGUAGCCUGCAGAUAAUUAAAUUAAUUGGGGCCCAGUGGAUUACAGCCCCUCAUGCACUGCAAGCACUGGGGGGUGCACUGGGGAAGUGGGGCUCAGGAAAGGUUUGGCACCCACCGUGUGAGACGCCAGCCUGUGGGAGCUGCUGUGGCACCAUUAAAACUUUUUGCAUGAAAGCAUGUUUAUUUUCACUUUCUUAUUUCAGGGGUUGCCUGUUGGGGACAGAGGGCAAGGGGAGGGGGUGACCUGGGCAAGAGGGGCACGGGACUGUGGGUAUGGAAUGGAAUAAAGGCAUCCUGAGGCAGCAGCCAGGAGAGAAUAAACGAUGGGGAGACCCCAGCCCUGCCACGUGUCAGAACGCCUUCGUGACAGCACAGGUGACAGCACUGUGACAGCACAGGUGACAGCACCGUGCUCCUUGCCUGGUGUCACACCAGUUCCCACCGGCCAGGGCCACCCCCUCCCCAGCCAGGCAGCACCAGGCUCCUCAGCUUUGGAGG